CGGUUCAGGACGUUUUAGGGCCAUGCAGUUUUCUAGGCCAGGCCCCAGAGGGAACUGACUAUUCUAGUUGGAGUCGGUCGUCCGGACCUGAGGGGCAGGAGACAGGGGAUAUUGAUGGAUUCUAGCGCCAUGGCGCUGAUGGAUUGGAGGAGCAUCAUGAACGUGGCACACUCAGGGACGAACAGUCCCUAUUCUCUGUGCAUACGAUCUACUGAAGCAGACAGGGGUGAUGAGUGUAAAUUGUUUCAACAGCCUAAUAAGAGACUCUCAUGUGCUAUCGAUGCACCUCAAUUCUCUCCUAAGGAUUAA